AUGGACUCGCAGCGCCUCAAGGGGCCCGCAGGCCAGCACUGGGGGCGAGUCGGGGGUACCUGCCUCCCCAGCCUGGGCUGCUCACCCCAUCCCCACGGCUUCCCAGAGGGCAGAACCCGGAGCCACGGCCACAACGUCUGCAGCACCUGGGGCGACUUCCACUACAAGACCUUCGACGGCGACAUCUUCCGCUUUCCCGGCCUCUGCGACUACAACUUUGCCUCCGACUGCCGGGACUCCUACAAGGAGUUCGCCGUGCACCUGAAGCGCAGCCUGGGCCGGGACGGGGGCCACCCCCAGGUCGAGUCCAUCCUGCUGACCGUCAAGGACGACACCAUCUACCUCACCCGCCAGCUGGUCGUGGUGAAUGGGGCCAUGGUCAGCACCCCGCACUACAGCUCAGGGCUGCUUGUGGAGCGGAACGAUGCCUACACCAAGGUCUACUCCCGCGCCGGCCUGGCCCUUAUGUGGAACCGUGAGGACUCCCUCAUGCUGGAGCUGGACAGCAGAUUCCGGAACCACACCUGCGGGCUCUGCGGGGACUUCAACGGCCUGCCCACCUACUCCGAGUUCCUUUCGGACGGCGUGCUCUUCAGCGCGCUGCAGUUUGGAAACAUGCAGAAGAUUAACAAGCCUGAGGCCGUGUGUGAGGACCCAGAGGAGAGGCCGGCCCCCGCGUCCUGCUCCGAGCACCGCGCCGAGUGCGAGCGACUGCUGACCGCCGAGGCCUUCGCGGACUGCACGGACCGGGUGCCCCUGGAGCUGUACGUGCGUGCCUGCAUGCAGGACCGUUGCGGGUGCCCGGGCAGCGACGCCUGCAUCUGCAGCACCCUGGCCGAGUUCUCCCGCCAGGGCUCCCACGCUGGCGGCCGACCCGGAAACUGGAGGACCGCCACGCUCUGCCCCAAGAGCUGUCCUGGUAACAUGGUCUACCUGGAGAGCGGCUCGCCCUGCAUGGACACCUGCUCGCACCUGGAGGUCAGCAGCCUGUGUGAGGAACACCGCAUGGAUGGCUGCUUCUGCCCAGAAGGCACUGUGUAUGAUGACGUCGCGGGCAGCGGCUGCAUCCCGGUCAGCCAGUGUCACUGCAAGCUGCACGGACACCUCUACACCCCGGGCCAGGAGGUCACCCACAACUGCGAGCACUGUGUCUGCGAUGCCGGCCGCUGGGUGUGUAAGGAACUGCCGUGCCCCGGCACCUGCGCCCUGGAGGGCGGCUCCCACAUCACCACCUUCGAUGGGAAGAAGUACACCUUUCACGGGGACUGCUACUACGUCCUGGCCAAGGGUGACCACAGCACUUACGCCCUGCUGGGCGAGCUGGCCCCCUGCGGCUCCACGGACAAGCAGACCUGCCUGAAGACUGUGGUGCUGGUAGACGAGAAGAAGAAUAUGGUCGUCUUCAAGUCCGACGGCAGCGUGCUGCUCAACGACCUGCAGGUGAACCUGCCCCACGUGACCGGUGAGUCCGGCUCCAGAAGGGCGCAGUCGAGCUGCCACGACAAGCUGGACUGGCUGGACGAUCCCUGUGCCCUCAACAUCGAGAGCGCCAACUACGCCGAGCACUGGUGUUCCCUCCUGAAGAAGACAGAGACGCCUUUUGGCAGGUGCCACUCGGCCGUGGACCCCAGCGAGUUCUACAAGAGGUGCAAAUAUGACACGUGCAACUGUCAGAACAACGAGGACUGCAUGUGCGCUGCCCUGUCUUCCUACGCCCGCGCCUGCGCCACCAAGGGCGUCAUGCUGUGGGGCUGGAGGGAGCGUGUCUGCAACCAGGACGUGGGCUCCUGCCCCAACUCCCAGGUCUUCUUGUACAACCUGACCACAUGCCAGCAGACCUGCCGCUCCCUCUCGGAGGCUGAUGCCCACUGUCUCGAGGGCUUUGCGCCCGUAGACGGCUGCGGCUGUCCCGGCCACACCUUCCUGGACGAGAAGGGUCGCUGCGUGCCCCUGGCCAAGUGCUCCUGCUACCACCGUGGCCUCUACCUGGAGGCGGGGGACGUGGUCUACCACACAGAGUGUGUGAGUGGCUGCGUGUGCCCCAAUGGGCUGCUGGACGAUGGCCGAGGCGGCUGUGUCAUGGAGGAGAACUGUCCCUGUGUCCACAACAAGGACCUGUACUCCCCAGGGGACAGGAUCAAGGUGGACUGCAACACCUGCACCUGCCAGAAAGGACGCUGGGCAUGCACCCAGUCCGUGUGCCAUGGCACCUGCUCCAUCUAUGGGAGCGGCCACUACAUCACCUUUGAUGGGAAGUACUACGACUUCGACGGACACUGCUCCUACGUGGCUGUUCAGGACUACUGUGGGAAUUCCUCGCGGGGCUCCUUCAGCAUCAUCACCGAGAAUGUGCCCUGUGGCACCACGGGCGUCACCUGCUCCAAGGCCAUCAAGAUCUUCAUGGGGAGGACAGAGCUGAAGUUGGAGGACAAGCACCGUGUGGUGAUCCAGCGUGACGAGGGUGACCACGUGGCCUACACCACACGGGAGGUGGGCCAGUACCUGGUGGUGGAGGCCAGCAUCGGUGUCAUUGUCAUCUGGGACAAGAGGACCACCAUCUUCAUCAAGCUGGCCCCGUCCUACAAGGUGGACCCCACGACCUUCUACGAGGCCUGCGUGCACGACUCGUGCUCCUGUGACACUGGCGGGGACUGCGAGUGCUUCUGCUCGGCCGUGGCCUCCUACGCACAGGAGUGCACCAAGGAGGGGGCUUGUGUGUUCUGGAGGACGCCAGACCUGUGCC